AUGGCGGAUCAAUCGGAGUUCGAUCCUUCACUCGCAGUUUCUCACAAGUUCCCCGAUAGUACCUACUCUUAUACCGAAAGAGAUGCAGCACUUUAUGCCUUAGGCAUUGGGGCAUGUGCUUCGGAUGCUGUUGAUGAGGACGAGCUUAAAUAUGUUUACCAUGAAGACGGUCAGAAGGCUAUCAAGGUCUUACCUACAUUUGCUGCUUUACUUACACUUGAAUCAUUGCCCAAUGGUUUUGAUCUCCCUGGCUUGCAAUAUGAUCCACGCCUUCUGCUGCAUGGACAACAAUACAUAGAGCUGUACAAACCACUUCCUUCCAGCUGUCAUAUGCAAAAUAAAGUCAGUGUCGCAGGAUUGCAUGACAAAGGCAAAGCAGCAAUUUUGGAGAUUGAAACAAAAAGUUAUGAGAAAGAAUCUGGUGAUUUAUUAUGCAUGAACAGAUCAACAGUAUAUCUUCGCGGUGCUGGUGGCUUCUCGAAGUCAUCUAAACCAUUUUCCUACUCAAGUUACCCUUCAAACCAGACCUCAGCUGUAAAAAUUCCUGAAAGUAAACCUUUUUCAGUGUUUGAGGAUCGUACACACCCAUCUCAGGCAUUGCUCUACAGGCUAUCCGGUGAUUACAAUCCUCUGCAUUCAGAUCCCCAGUUUGCAAAGGUUGCCGGAUUCUCGCAGCCAAUAUUGCAUGGGUUAUGCACAUUAGGAUUUGCUGUUAGGGCAAUCAUCAAAACCAUAUGCAAAGGAGAUUCCGACAGGAUAAAAAGCAUAACUGGCCGUUUUCUUUUACAUGUCUACCCUGGUGAGACUCUCGUUACCGAGAUGUGGCUUGAAGGCUCGAGGGUUAUUUAUAGGACAUUGGUGAAAGAGAGAAAACGGACAGUCCUUUCUGGCUCCGUUAAUCUAUGUGGUUUGAAUUCAUCACUCUGA